ACCGGAACUGCCCUCAAAUUUACUUGUAAACAAUCAUGGCGAACUCCAUGUGUGAAAGUCGUGUAAAGUUAGGCUUUAUUGAAGAUGAUACAGAUUUGCGCUUGUUAUCAAGUCAUUUCUUUCCCAGCAAAGUUGGCGGAAAGCCUGCAUGGCUAUCAUUAGACCCUAUUCCUGAUUUUGACGAUCUAAGAUGCCAGAAAUGCAACAGCACAACAGUUUUCUUAAUGCAAGUGUAUGCUCCGCUUCAGAUGAGGGAGGACACAUUUCAUCGAACUAUUUUUAUUUUCAUGUGUCCUAAUACCUCUUGUUGUACUCCUGAAGACAGUUCUAAUUUUAGAAUAUUUAGAUCACAGCUGCCUCUAGUAAAUAAUUUUUAUAGUGACUCACCUCCUUCCGAAGAGCUGACUCCAAAUGAAGAUAUUACCAUAUUUCCACAUGCUGGUUUGUUUCAAAGUCUUUGCUUUGUUUGUGGUAUAAGAGGGACUAAGAAGUGUUCUCAAUGUAAAAAUACCCACUACUGUAGUAAAGAACAUCAGGUUUUGGACUGGAAAUCAGGUCACAAACAAACAUGUCUACAAGAAAUAAAGAAUGGUAUGACAAAGUUAAAACUUAUUUAGUACGGUAUAAUUUACUUUAGUAAAUAAGUUAUUGGGUAAAUUUUGGGUUAACGGUAUGGGUUUUGCCAAUAGUUUUUCUCACCCUAAGCACAGUGACGUCACUUUGGGGAAUCCCAACACUGGACGUUGAGUGAAAAGACCUAUUCAUUGUAGGACCCGAACGAUGUGCAUGAUAAAAUUCCUGUUCUUUAUUGAGCAUUAUUCGCGUCAUAAAGGAUACGGUUAAUAUGAAGUAUAUUAAAAUGAAGUAUAUUAAUUUGUAUUAAAUUUCAACUUACACGCUUUAAAAGAAAGUAAAAAAGAAACACAUCCUUGCUGAUACCCCAAGACCCAACACCGGUGGAAAAAAAAGAUUCCCGCCAAAACUGACGUAUUUUGAUUAGUUGAAAUCAAAAUACCUGUAUGUUGAAACUUAGGUAAAAAGGGGGAGACUACUGCUUAAAUUGCAUUCGGAGUGAUCUUCUGAGGAGGGGAGACCCCUUCCCAGUACCCCCACCCCAAUUUAAAAAAAAAUAUAAAAUAAGAAAACAAUAACUUGCAUUUUUAAUUAUGUGAAUACAAACAUCGCUGUAGAUAGAAGUGGACCUGGAGGAACCUCCAUGACCUAUAUACCUUGGAACACAUCGUCGGCCUCACCGGUAACCCAAAAUCACCCAAGUUAUUGCAAGGGAUCAGGAUAUUAUUUUGUGUACUUAACUCAUUCACGACGGAUGCGACUAAAUGCGUCUUUCUGGGGUUUCGGCGGAUGCGUCCAAAUGCGUCUGGUCACACCCCCCUACUUUUCUUUUCUCCCUAGUUAUAAAAUCACGCAUCCCCGAGAUUUCUAAUGAUAGUCUCGCGGUAGCGAGAAUCCACGAGCAUUCAAUAAAAAAAACCGGAAGUUUUUAUCUCAUUUCGUUCAUUUUCAAAGCGUGUUUGAACUAGUCGGGUCGUAGUGAAAUUUUUUGUGACUUAUUUUGUGAAAUUUUGAAAAUGGCCUUCCAGUUUCUUCAAUCCCUUAUCGAUGGAAAUGAACAAUUGUUAGAUGAGGGUUCUGAUAUUGAAGUGAAUGAACUGAGUUCAGAAUCUAGUGAUUCUUCUGAUGAUGAUUCUGUACUUGAUAGUCCUACUUCGAUGACCAAUACUAACACUAAUACUGCUAAUACUAGUGGCGUGGAAUGGUCUGAUGGACUGUCCAAUGUGACAGAAAAUAUGGGCGUAUUUUCGGAAUAUGUAGGGAGUCUACGUAAUAUUCCAAUUGACAAGCUACCUAUAGACUUUUUAAAACUAUUUGUGACAGAUAAAUGUAUUGAUGAUUUUGUUUUACAAACAAAUUUAUAUGCAAAGCAGCAAUUGGCUAAGCAGUCUGGCCCUAGGGCAUCUGCUAUAACAUGGACUCCAGUCAAUGCAGAUGACAUUUACAAAUAUAUAUAUAUAAAUAUCAUGUUUGGCUUACAUCAAGUCCCUGAUAUGAGACUAUACUGGUCUUCUGACAGUAUGUGGAGGGUCCCUGCAGUGGCUGACGUCAUGAGCAGAGAUCGUUACCAGAUGAUUCAUCGUUUUUUUCAUGUCAACGACAGCUCUCUUCAACCCGCCAAGGACAGUCAACAUUACGAUCCCCUCUACAAGGUUAGGCCCUUUCUCGACCACAUAAGACAUCAAUGCUUGUCACUAUACAAGCCUCAGAGACAACUAAGUGUCGAUGAAGCCAUGGUCGGGUUUAGGGGAAGACUCGGAUUUAAGCAAUAUAUGAAAGAUAAGCCUACUCCCUGGGGCUUGAAAAUUUGGUGCUGUGCCGAAGCCAAGACAGGGUACGUUUUAAACUUAAAAGUGUACACUGGUAAAAGCGAGGCGUGCUCUACCAAUGGAUUGGGCUAUGAUGUCGUCAUGGCUAUGGCCGAGCCCUUUUUGGACAAAAGGCAUGAGCUUUUUUUUGAUAAUUUUUUUUCUUCGCCCAAGCUGGCAGAGGACCUGCUUGCCCGUGACACCUAUUGCUGUGCCACCAUUAGACCCAACCGCAAAGGCUGGCCUCUUAGAAAAUCAAAACAAAAAAAAGGUGACUACAUUAUGCAACAAAAAGGUUUACUUGUUGCCUGCCAAUGGACAGACAAGCGCCAGGUGAAUAUGAUAUCAACAAAUUCAAAUCCACAGAUGACAAUCGUCGAGCGGAGAUCCAAAGAUGGGAUACUUCACGUUGAAAUCCCCUGCAGUGUGGACUCUUAUAAUUCUUAUAUGUUUGGGGUGGAUUUAGGUGACCAGCACCGUUCAUAUUAUCCGGUGGGAAGACCAAGCAAGAAAUGGUGGCGAUACCUCUUCUGGUAUUUAAUCCAGGUGUCGAUAGUAAAUGGAUAUCUACUCAUGAAAAAUGUGAACCCUACUUCUCCUCUUAGCAAGUGCCACCUAAAAUUUCGUGCUAAACUGGCUCAACAGUUACUGAAUUUAAAAUCAAGAGCCCCUGCAUCUAGCUCUUCUUGCCUGAACAGGCCAAGUAUUGCUGGCAUUGCAAGACCUUACAGCCCAAAGCAUAGGCUGUCUACGAUGCCGGGGAGAAAGCGCAGAUGCUUUCAGUGUGCCGUGAAAGGAGCAAAAAUGCCCAGCGGCAGAACAAAGGAAACAACCAAAGGAUGUUAUUUAUGCCAAGUGCAUUUGCAUGCUGGACAGUGCUACAGCACUUAUCACGAUAACAUAAAAUAAACUUGUCUAAAGUUAAAAUAAAUUUCAGAAAAAAGAGCUAAAAAUGACAUCUGUUGCAUUUUUGUUUAUUUUGUGUUGUCAUUUGGUCUUGUUGUACCGGUAAUGUUAUACUUUUCUGAAAGCUUAUCCAUUUCUAAAUGCAAUGGUAUUUUUUUUGUUUAAAUUGAUUAAUAUUUAGGUACCGAAAACAAUUUUACAAAAUAUACAUAUGGUAUGAAAAUCAGAGUAGCUUCCCUUGUCCAGGAAAAUGAAUAUAAACAGGAAGUGAGUGCUCAGGGGGGAAUGAGUUAAGGAUUGUAGACUUAAGGAUUGUUGUUGUACUAAUGUGUGUACACAGCAAACAAAGUUAACUUGCCAUGUUAAGAGCUAGGACAGAUCGGCCAGAGAGUGUAAAAUGGCGAAGGACAAUGGGCCUUUGUACCAGCUAGUCAGAUUGCCUCUAGCAAAUAAUGCAUUUUAAUGGCCACAUCCAUUUAUCAUUUUCUGUGUUUUUUCACUUACAUCAAUUUUUAUGUGAAUCAACUUUUAACCAAGUGAAUAUUGUCAAAUUUUACCAUGUCAGACAGUGACACUGGUAAAAAUAUCCUUAGCGCGUCUGGUUUCUCUCAGAAUGGCAGUGAAUCAGUCACUAAAAAUGGUAAAAACAACCAGGGAGGUAUUGGAGUGGCUCUAAAUGAUAAUGUGAUGAUAUUGUUGUGAUCCCUAGGUUUAGACUUAAGGAUGAACUAGACAAAGAUGACCCCUGUCAAUUCUUAGAAAGGCAUAAGCACCCCAGUGUGUAUUACUUAAUGCUGUUUCUAAAGACUUACCCUCUAUUUACAAUUCCUUGUGGAUCGUAAUUUUUUUAUUUACACACUUGACAUUUUAAGAUUGAGUCUUUCUUGUGGAGUGUUCACAUGGUGAAUGGCUUGAAAAGAAUAUUGGGUCGACAGAGGUGGGUUGACACUGUCACUCAAAUUAUUGUGGUGGACCGUAUCUACAUCUUUGCGUAAAUGGUUGGGUGGGUGAGCGCAGAUCUACUUUAAGUUUUAUGUCACGUUAACUUGGAUUUUGUAAGCAUUUGAUGUUUAAAAUAGUAAAUAAUUCUACUUUUGUGGAUAAUUUAAAGAUAAAAAUUUUAAUACUAAAAAGUAGAAAAAAAAUAUAUAUCUUUAAAAACUUUUUAAAAAAGACUUUCUAUCAAAGAUGAGUAUAAAACGCACAAAACAUUAGAAAAUACAUUUUAAGUAAUGUUAAAUUAUUGUCUUCUUUUUAGUGCAUUUUUAAUCAUCUUUGAUAGAAGUCUUUUUUUUUUCUUCAAAAAGUUUUUAAAAAAUAUAUUUUUAUUAACAUUUAUCCUUCAAAUGUUUGCCAGAAAGACAAAUAACUUCAAUGAGUGCCUGUUACAGUGUCACUCAGGGUGCAAAUUAAAGCAAUAUAUUUCCAUGGUUUUGAGUUUUGGCUCCAUAAAUUUUGAUCCAUAUACCAACAAUCAGUUUUACAGUAUUACAUCCAGCUGUCAAAGAACACCAUGGUCCCCUCAAGUCAAGUGUAGAGAAUGGUUUUGGGUUGAACUUGAAAUAUUUUCACAUGGUUGACAGCCCACAUUUGCCUAGACCGGGGUAAAAUUGCUACAACCCUUGCACAAGGUUUGAUCCACUAGUUGAACAUGCAAUUGUGUUUUUAGACAUCACACUAAACCCCACCCAUAGAGGGUUGUUUGGAUGGCAGCCCAAUCUGGACAAAAAGCAAGAUCCAGUAUCAGUAUUUUCGAAACAAUACAAAUGGGGAUUGAAACUUAAUAAGCUUUGUGAUUGUGUGUCAGUUUCAGCCUAUCUACUUGGAUUUUUCAUCUGCAGAUGAAAAUAAGACAAUAUCACUGGCUAAGCAGCAAACAAUGAUCUCGGGCUUGCUCACAGAGCUGUCAUGAGAUUCCUUAGACUUGGCUCAUAUUUGAGGAGGAGAUCCCAUGUUUGUGUCAAACUUUUUCACAAGUAUGCCACUUGUGUGUGUUUUGGUCAAGCUUCACACACUUAUUACUGGAACUAUGGAACAAAACACAAAAGAACUUCGUAAAGGCUUGAAAGUCAAAAUUCAACCUGGCUAGAUUAUUGCAAGGUGAAACACUGGCAACAGUGUACAGAGAGAAGAAGUCCUAGAAAAAACUCUGCUGCUAAUUAUGACCAAGAACAAAGCAGAUAAAAGUUGAUUAAUUUGAGGAGCGCACAAGCCGGAGAAGCACCACAGAUUGUUUAAAAAAAAUGGUGACUGUUUUGGACUAUAAUAAUUCUAUGAGGGUGAUUGAUCAGACAGAUUGAUCAGAUGAGGCUGCAUUUUUAUUAGGGUGAAAAUAAAAACUAUCUUAGUACUUAAAGAUGAUUUUAUUCUAAGUGGAAAAAGAAAGAGAGGAAGGCCAAAGAAUAUGAGAUGCGAGCUAGAGGCAGAUACGCAAAAUAUAGGAUACGCCUGGAAGCAACUGGAAAGGAAAGCACAGGACUGUGAUGAAGGGAAAAUUCUUAUGGGCGGCCUAAGCCCCAGAUGGGGUAAAAAGGCAUAAGAGGAAGAACAAAUAAAUUGCUUGCUUAUAAUUAUGCAAAUCAGGAUAGCUCAUUUGAAUAAAAGUUGGCAUUAUGGUUGUAUUCAUAAAAGUUGUAUUAUUUCAUUUCCUACAAGAAUAUAGAUAGUUUUAUAUGUGUCAAGUAAUUACUUUAUAAUUUAUUAAUUAAUUUUUGUGUUGAAAGGGCUAAAUCUUCUUGGCACUGAAACUCUAAAUUAGACUCUAUCUCCAAAGGGUUAAAGCUUUAUGUCUAACAAAUCUGCCAUUUAAUGGUAUAUGUCCCGCUGUAAUUGUUGCCUCAUCUUUAUUUACUGCGGUGUUCUUUGGGCUGCGUUUACAGGGAUGAUAAAUGCAAUUUUUGUCCAUAACUUAACUAUGUAACACUGUAGAAUGCAGUGAUGAAAGCAUCAAAAUCAUGGAAAAAAUACUAAAUUCAUGGUACGGGUUAAAAUAGCUUUCACAGAUAGAUGUUAAUUUGUUAAGACUUCUGCGUCAUCAUUUACAUAAGUUUCGUUUACAACACUGCUUCAAAAUCAUUGUAGCCUAUCUGUGGCAGAUCUGCCCACCUUAACCAUCUAUGUUGAAGGCCCUGGUUAUAAUUAUAAUUGUUGCCUUUUGUUUGUUGAUGGUUUAACCACUAAGACGUAGUAUGUUCAAUCAAAUCUUAUACCAGUUUAUGAGACUGCAAUUAAUCAUUUAUUGAUCAAAUAUUGGUUAUGUAUGUUUACUUAGAAAUAAGGAUAAUGAUUACUACCUGCACCAGGAGAAUCUGAAGGCUUCUGACCAACAUUUUACUAAUGAGAAAAUAUUAUUCCACAUGCAGAUAAGAAACAGUCUUCUAGGCUGCUGUUUAAGGAAUAUGAACUGGUCACUGAAGAUGAAGAGUACUCAGAAGGAGAUAGCAACAACAGCAAGAGUGACGAAGAGCGUUUGUUGGAGUAUGAAAAUUUGAUCAGAUCUCCUCAGCUCAAAGAAUUAGAUGGAAAAUACCAGGCCGAGGACUUAGAGAAGUCGGCCACUGCUGAAACAGAGGAUGACAAGUUGUUUCUGAAAUUUAAACGAAGAGUGGAUACCGAGCCAUCUCAGGUAUUUUGUGAAUGAUUCCCAAUGCAUUUGGAAGCGUAUUUUCUUAUUGACAUUUUAUAUUUUUAUUAAUGAACUUUCUUUCAAGUGGAUUUUUUUCCUCUAUGCUGUGCUCAUAACAUGAAGUUUAAUUUCAGGUGUUGCGAUAUGAAAAGGGGGGUGAACCUCUCUGGGUGUCGGCACACCACAAACCAUCCCCCGAGGACAUCCCUUUUUGUUCAUGUGGCUCUCAGAGGAUAUUUGAAUUUCAGGUUCUUGUUCUUUUUAUUCUUCUGUUAAUUUCAAUAAUUGUCUUAAACUUAAAUGUGUUGGUUUUUUUAAAUAUAUUAUAUAGAACUAUCUGUAUCUGUGAUCACAGGUUAUGAUAUUUCGUUCAUUUGUAGUGAAAUUGUUAUAGAGUUGAGAUUAAGUUUGCUCUUUUAAAGAAUUAGAAAGUAUUUUUAUAACAUGAAAUGUUUUUUAUCUUUUCUGCAGCUCUUAAAUUGUGAAAUAAGUUUUAUUUUUGCAAGAAAGGUGUUUGGUUCAAAAUGUAAUUUGGUCCAUUUUAUUUUUAUCAUAUUUUGGCCUGCUAAGAUUUUUUUAAUACAUACAUUUAUUUUUUUAAGACUUGUAUAACAUAACUCAUUUUUUUAAAAAAAAUAUUUAUCAUCAUUACAAUUUAUUUGAUCUAAAUAUUAAAUAUGUUGAAAAUUAAAAUUUAACAUUCCAAAUUUAUCCCAGAAGGAACUUGUACGACAACAGCAAUUUUUUGCAAUGACAGUGGAGAUAAGACUAUAUUUUUUAUAUAUUAUAUGUGCUAGGAAUCCAUGAAUGUCUAAUAUUAAUAUUUAUUUUGUAAACAUUGGAUUUUAUUUACUCAAUUUUUUUUAUCAAUGGCCUUUAUAUUUAACAGGUGAUGCCUCAAUUGCUGAAUUACCUCUCCGUGGACAAGCUGGAUUCCAGUGUAGACUGGGGUACUCUGUGCGUAUAUACUUGCAAAGAGAGCUGCAGCACUGGAAACUCUUAUAAGGAGGAGUUCAUUUGGAAACAAGACUUUCAUAAUUCAAGAGUCUCCUAAGUUGUUGUGUAUUUUAUUUUUGAUUGUCUAUAUGCUUAUAUAUAUAUAUAUCUAACAGAAAAUAUGUUCUAUGAAGUUUUAAUAUAAAUUUACAUGAAAUUGUGUAAAUUAUUAUAUUUUUUAAUCUUGUUUUGAAAUAGUAAAUGUAAAAGUACAUUGCAAUUAAAACAUAUAAAAUUUAGACCAUUGCUGAAUUUAGUAUUGUUCUUUUUAUAUUCUCAAGAAGCUAUCCUGGUUAAGAAAAUAUGGUUAACCCUUUACUAAAUUCUCCUGUCACUUCUAUUUGAGAUAAUAAUUUGUUGUGUUUAGUUUUAAUUGACUCAUCAUCCUCCAUGAGUUACUGACAGUGCUGUGAGAAAAUAAAGUAGAUUUCUAAAAUUAUAUCUGUAUUUCUGAGUUUAGACUGUGCAAUAUAUUGGUUGUUACGGUUGAUAGGGUGCUGGGUGUGCAAUAUAUUGGUUGUUACGGUUGAUAGGGUGCUGGGUGGCCGAGUGGUCUAAAACUGAGCAAAUCUCAAGUUGAUGGUCUGGAGUUCAAUUCCAGCAAGAGCCCAGUCAAGCAAAAUCACCACCAGCGCCCCGGGUAGAUGGGACGCGUUAACCUUGGACGGCAACUCAUCUAGAGAAGGAAACUCUGAAAUCAAACCUGGAGAUGGAGUCCCGAAAGGCGGAUCACAUUGUUACAAUGAAACAUUCCGACAACUCCUGCGACGUCACUGGUGCCAAGCUGUAUCAUCCAAUAAUGUUCCCUUUGGGUUACCCAGCGGCGUGGAGAGACGCGAUUUGCUGUUGGGAACCAGCUUAUCCUUCAAGUAUAAUCCCAGGGCAUGUGGAUUUCGUCCUCCGAAGCCCACUCCAUCGUCACAUUGUGACGAACGGAUGCCAGAAAAAAAAAAAAAAUGAUUGACCAUCUUUUGAAAUGGAAAAUGGUUUUAACAAUAGCAUUUUCAAAAGCCAUACCUCAGAAUUCAAAGUAAUAGCAUUAUACUGUAAUAGUAAUAGUGAAAAGGAAUUGUCAUGCUAAUUGCAAAUUAAUUAUUUUAAAUUAUGUACUGGUACCGUACACAAAAUCAUUAAAAAAAACUCUGACAAAUUUUAAGCAUCAUUAAAAGAUAUUAUUUAUUUACUCUUUUUUUAUAUAUAAAUGAAUAAGAAAAAUAUCAAGAUGAUUAAAGAUUAUUACUAUUGCAACAAUUAGUAUACCAGUACUUGUUUGAUUGAGUUGAUUCAUCCCAAUUUUUAUAUCAAGAUUGUCAUUACCUCCCUUGGACCACACAAAAACACUUUACCUUAUGUCAAAGGUUAACAUUCUGCAUCUUUUUGUUUCAAAGUACCCG